ACGCAUUUUUCAGUCUCAAAGUGUAGUCCAAUCCAGUCUUUUUCCUUAAAACCAAUUCUCCCCCUCCUCCUGCUCAUCCAAGUUUCUCUCGCUCUCUCUGAUUGAUGACCGCUUUGAACCCAUUUUUACUUCACUAAACCACUGUAGAAUACAAAGAAAUGCAGCAGUUUUCAAUUUUUUUUUCUUGCACAUAGAUUUACAUAAGGUGUUUAGUCACAGGGUUUGGAGGGUAGUUGGAUUUAAUUGAAAAUUUUGAACUUUUUUUAUUUUUUAUUUUCUAAAUAAUGGCUAGGCGACAUGGAUGGCAACUCCCUGUUCAUACUUUUCAGAUUGUGGCUAUUACAGUUUUCUUCGUGCUAUCUGUUGCAUUCUAUGCCUUUUUCGCUCCCUUUCUUGGGAAGGUCAUUUAUGAAUAUGUGGCUAUUGGUGUUUAUUCUGUAUUGGCGCUCUCCGUAUUUAUUCUUUAUGUACGAUGCACUGCAAUUGAUCCGGCCGAUCCUGGAAUUCUACUAGAAGCUGAUGAGACAGCAGGCCAUAAAUCAGAAAAUGACACAGAUCUGCCUGGAAACUCUGCUGAAGAACCUAGCAAGAUAAGGUUAAAAAAUGGAGGGAAAUCCUAUAAAUACGGUUCAAGUUGGUGUUCAAGACUUGGAGGUUUCUUUUGCUGUUUUCUUGUGAAACAAGAUUGCCGUAAAGAUGAAGAUAUUCUACAGGAAGAAUCUGGAGAGGAUGCUUUGUUCUGUACACUGUGCAAUGCUGAGGUACGCAAAUUCAGCAAACAUUGCAGAAGUUGUGACAAAUGUGUUGAUGGAUUUGAUCAUCACUGUCGUUGGUUGAACAAUUGUGUAGGGAGGAAAAACUACAUCACAUUUGUUUCCCUUAUGGCAACAAGCCUUGUCUGGCUUGUUGUUGAAUUCGGAGUUGGUGUUGCUGUCCUUGUUCGAUGCUUUGUAGAUAGAAAGGCCAUGGAUCAUCAAAUAGUGGAGAAACUUGGCAUUGGAUUCUCACGCCCCCCUUUUGCAACAGUAGUGGCCCUGUGCACAUUCCUAUCUUUGCUUGCCACUGUGCCUCUGGGGGAACUAUUUUUUUUCCACUUGAUUCUGAUUCGAAAGGGUAUCACAACAUAUGAGUAUGUAGUUGCCAUGAGAACUCAGAGUGAACCACCUGGACCAUCUGUAGAUGGAGGAGAGCAGCAAAGUCUGCCAUCUUCACCAACCAGUUCAGCUGUUACUGCAGUGAGCGGAAGAAGCUCUAUAGGAAUGAGUUUGCAAUUUAAAGGUGCUUGGUGUACCCCUCCAAGAAUCUUCAUGGACCACCAGGAUGAAAUUAUUCCACAUUUGGAGAGAGGACGCUUACCAUCCACAGUUGAUCCAGAUGCAAUACAGGAAGCUGACAAAGCCAAAAAGUUACCACAGCGUCCAGUUCGAAUCAGUGCAUGGAAACUUGCUAAAUUGGAUUCCAGUGAGGCUAUUAAAGCAGCUGCAAAGGCUAGAGCAUCAUCAUCUGUGCUACGUCCCAUAGGUUCUCGAUAUAACCCAUAUGAUGCUGAUCAUUUGUCCAGUAGCAAUUUUAGUGGAAGGAGCAGUCCGAUCAGUACUGAUCAAGGGUUUCAAAAUAAAAAUGCUAGAGCAGUGAUGCCAGGUCUAUCUCCUUCCAUGACUAACUCAUAUCCAGCCAGCAAUGCUAGUCAUGCUAGCAGGGAUGACAUUGGAUCAUGGCAUCAGAGUCUUGGCAAUUUUAGCAGUGCUAAUGUCUCCAAUCUUGCCACUUCUCCAAUACAGCGGCAAACUUCAAACAGAGACCACUUCAACCCCAUUUAUCAAACCUCAGCAGAUGAAUCUCCUUGGUCAGCAAGACAAAGUGAAGUAGAUGGGAAUCCUUCUCAUGAGAAUGCUGCCCAAAUUCCCAUGAGAAGAAACUUAGGUGCAGCAGAGAAUAUGAGAACAACUGUUUACUGGGAUCCAGAAGCUGGACGCUUUGUCUCUUCUACAAGAGGUGCUGGUUCUUCAUCCCAGGUUCGGGGAACAGAGCUUUUGUACACAGAUCAAUCUAUAUUUUUUGGUGGUCCCCUUGUCAAUGAGCAGCUAAGCAGAGGGAGGACUGGUAGUUCACUGACUCUGAGCCAGGAUAGAGGAUCUACCUCGAGUCAUUUUCAGCAGGGCAGAUCACAGAGGGGCGGCCAACUUCCUGUGUUUGUCCCAAGCGAUUCCCAACAAAACCUGUAUUCAUCUAGGUCUCCUUAGAGCACUAAAAUGAGAGAACAGUGAUUUGUUUUUCCAGAUGCAUAGAAUUAGGUUCUUUACAAUAACUUUCCCACUUUCCUUUCCUGUGCAGUAUUUUUGAUACUCUGCUCUCGCUAACCUCCAUAAUUAAUGCAAUCGCCGAAGGACAUAGGGUUUACAGCAACAUAAAUUGAUUGCUGAUAACUUGUGUCUACUCUAUGAUUAUUUAUAA